AUGUUGUCCAACCAGCAGCCGCUUUUCCCGAACCAACCCGGGCAACAGAACCAGGUAGGCGGGCAGCAGCAGCAGAAUCCCUCGGCCCCUUUCAUGGCUUUCCACGUAAGACCCACUCUACAGAUUAAGAAAAAUGCCAUCACGGACGACUACAAGGUGACCAGCCAAGUCCUGGGGCUCGGUAUCAACGGGAAAGUUCUGGAGAUUUUUCAGAAAAAGACCGGGGACAAGUAUGCGUUGAAGAUGCUCCAGGACUGCACUAAAGCGCGCAGAGAGGUGGAUCUCCACUGGAGGGCGUCGCCGUGCUCCAACAUCGUCCGCAUCAUCGACGUCUACGAGAAUCUGUACCAGGGACGCAAAUGUCUGCUCAUCGUCAUGGAGUGUAUGGACGGCGGAGAACUGUUCAGUCGGAUCCAGGACAGAGGAGACCAGGCCUUCACGGAGAGAGAGGCCUCCGACAUCAUGAAAAAUAUCGGUGAAGCCAUACAAUUCCUCCACGCCAUCAACAUCGCCCACAGAGACGUCAAGCCAGAGAACCUGCUGUAUUCCACGAAACGGCCCAACGCGCUGCUGAAGCUCACAGACUUUGGUUUUGCCAAAGAGACGACGUCGCACAACUCGCUCGCCACGCCCUGCUACACGCCGUACUACGUCGCUCCUGAGGUCCUCGGCCCAGAGAAAUACGACAAAUCCUGUGACAUGUGGUCGUUGGGCGUCAUCAUGUAUAUUUUGUUAUGCGGAUAUCCUCCGUUUUACUCGAACCAUGGUUUAGCCAUUUCUCCGGGGAUGAAGAAGCGGAUCCGGAUGGGACAGUACGAGUUCCCAAACCCAGAGUGGUCCGACGUCUCUGAAGAAGCCAAACAGUUGAUCAGGACUCUGCUGAAGACUGAACCCACUCAGAGAAUGACCAUCACAGAGUUCAUGAACCACCCCUGGAUCAAUCAAUCGAUGGAGGUGCCACAGACGCCGCUUCACACCAGUCGAGUUCUGAAGGAGGAGAAGGAUGCCUGGGAGGAUGUCAAGGAGGAGAUGACGAGUGCCUUGGCCACGAUGCGCGUCGACUACGAACAGAUCAAGAUCAAGAAGAUCGAAGACUCGACGAACCCACUUUUAAACAAGCGGCGAAAGAAAGCCGAGGCCAUCGCCGAGGUGCAGACGGAGGCGCACUGA